GUUGUAAAUAUGCUUCAGUCUAGUAACUACUCUCUGGUGCUGCUGAUCCAGCUGACACUUUUGGCCUAUGACCUCUUUGUCAACUCCUUCAGUGAACUCCUGAGGGCAGCGCCUGUCAUCCAGCUUGUGCUUUUCAUCAUCCAGGACAUUGCCAUCCUGUUCAACGUGAUCAUCAUCCUCCUGAUGAUGUUCAACACCUACGUGUUCCAGGUCGGCCUUGUGUCCCUGCUGCUGGAGAGAUUCAGGGCUCUGCUCUUUUUUUCUGCCUUGUACCUGACUCUCAGCAUCUGCUUCCAUAGCUGGGUGCUGAACCUCAGGUGGCUCGACUCAAACAGUUUUGUUUGGACUGAUGGUCUUCAGGCUCUUUUUGUUUUCCAGAGAACAGUGGCGGUUUUGUAUUACUACUUGUACAAACGCACAGCUGAGUAUAUGGGAGACCCGAGGCUUUAUGAAGACUCUCUGUGGCUGCGAGAGGCAUUUGCCAGAGCUCGACAGUGAAGAGAUUUCUAAAGGACCAUUAUCAUCAUUUUGGACUGUUAAAUAUUAGGGGGGAAUGUAUGUGCAUUGAGCAGGCAAAGUGCCCAGUUUGAAAACUCAUGGAACUCACUAACAGGUCAAGAGGGUGAGAUAAGGUGUCAUCACUCUUUGUGUAUACUGGCUCUGUGUAGGCAGGCAGGCAGCCAGGCCAAUGGUUUAUAUUGAGAUGUAAGUCAGACAUGGCAGUAUUGUGUUAAUCAGGAUUGGCUCUUUUAAUCUCUGUGGCCUUUGUUAAUCUAUUUGUGUUGCAGACAUAAUGAAACAGUUAAAAUGUUACAGAUGCGGUUGUUUUUGAUAAUAGCUAAUGAUGUACCAUUUGUAGAAAGUAUUCUCAUAGCUUUCAUAAAAGUCUGCUAUACUCCACAAAGGGGAAACCUAUUUGGUUGUUUUGCCUUUUGUAAGAAUAGCUUGUGCUGUUUACAUGGUCAACAUACUUUUAUUAAGCCAAUUUUCAUAUGAAUGUCUUUGUGGGGGAUCUUUGAAUUGUCUUCCUGCUGUUUUUAUUAAAUAAUCCUUGUCUAAUCUCUGAGUAAUCCUUCAUUACUAGAGUGGGGAGUAUUAUCUUGCACACAAGGUGAAACCGGCUGCUCUAUUUUUAACACUGAGAUUAAUCAGGGAUUGAGGUUUUAGGUGCCACUAGUAAAACUCGCCAUAAAUAGUCUUCAGUGGUUCAAAAUAACCUUCUUAUCUCAGGCACUCGACAGGUUAAGUUGCAGGGAGCUUCUUGGUGGUUAUUUAUAUAACUGUUCAUCAACAUGUGUACUAC